GGUUACCUUCUAGUCCUGACCGGUUUGGUGGAGUAUGAGAGCAGCCGACAGAGGGUGCUAAGCUAUCGGACGCUUCUCCUGGUUCCCAACACGUCACGAGGGAGUCGGUAGAGGCUCCCAGUGGAUAGCACAGCUCCUCUAAACCAACAACCGACUCCACCUGAAGGUUUCAAUGGUGUUGGCUUGAUGGGAUCCAAGCGGGUGACAAAGUGAUGGUCUAAGGACUGGCAGUCACAGAGGUGCUUGCGCGGGGAAUGUUGCGCUGGUCGGUGCACCUAGAAGGAGGGCCGCGGAGAGUCAACCAUGCUGCUGUGGCGGUGGGGCACAAGGUGUAUUCCUUUGGAGGCUACUGCUCCGGGGAGGACUACGAGACACUCCGUCAGAUUGAUGUGCAUGUCUUCAACACAGUGUCUUUGCGCUGGAUGAAGUUACCUCCAGUGAGGACGGGAGGACAUGAAUGUGCCCGUGAAGUGCCAUAUAUGCGUUAUGGCCACACAGCUGUGCUGCUGGAUGAAAUUAUCUACCUCUGGGGUGGGCGUAACGACACAGAGGGGGCCUGCAAUGUGCUUUAUGCCUUCGAUGUCAACACCCACAGAUGGUUCACACCCAAGAUUUCGGGGACUGUUCCAGGAGCAAGGGAUGGCCACUCGGCCUGCGUCCUGGGGAAGAAAAUGUAUAUAUUUGGUGGAUACGAGCAGCUGGCCGACUGCUUCUCCAAUGACAUUCACAAGCUGGACACCACUGCCAUGUUUUGGUCAUUAAUUAAUGCCAAAGUUAAAGAGCCUGCUGGCCUGCACAGCAUUUGUGGAAAACAAUGGCAGCUCAUUCUUGAAAGGAAGGGCACUCCGGCACGCUGGAGGGACUUCCACUCAGCCACCAUCAUCGGGACAAAGAUGUUUGUGUUUGGAGGGCGAGCCGACCGCUUUGGUCCUUUCCACUCCAACAACGAGAUCUACUGCAACAAGAUCAAAGUGUUUGACACAGACACCAACAGCUGGCUGAGCACCCCUUCAACACAGCCUUUGCCAGACGGCCGCAGGAGUCAUUCAGCAUUUUCCUACAAAGGGGAGCUGUAUAUAUUUGGUGGAUACAAUGCCCGUCUGGACCAGCACUUCAACGACCUCUGGAAAUUCAAUCCAGAAGCCUUUUCCUGGGAGAAGGUAGAACCGAAGGGGAAAGGCCCAUGUCCGCGGAGACGACAGUGCUGUUGUAUGGUUGGAGAUCGAAUCAUCCUCUUUGGAGGAACCAGCCCCUGUCCAGAGCAAGGAAUGGGUGAUGAAUUUAACCUCAUGGAUCAUUCAGACCUGUAUAUCUUAGACUUCAGCCCUAAUUUGAAGACGUUAUGCAAACUAGCUGUUAUUCAGUACAGUCUGGAAACGUCAGGACUCCCACAUGAUAUCAGGUGGGAACUGGCAGCCAUGACAACCAACAGCAACAUCAGCAGGCCCAUCUUCUCCUCCCACGGCUGACACCGCUGAAUGUGAAGCAGAACCAGGACUCCUCGCUCUGUUUCAGCACCCUGAGCUCUUUCUCUUUCUAAUCAACUGAGCUCCGACGGACUGUUUUUGUAGAGUUUGGAUCUGUAUGGGAUUAAUUUCCCCACAUUCUUCAAGUGAAAACUCAUUACUGACCAAAAGAUCCUGCGUAUGACUUCCUUGGACACCAUGAGCGCUCUCAUGCCUAAGGAUAUUUUAAACCUCGAGAAACUGGUUCCACGCGACAGAAAUUGUUGACACCUUUUUGUCUUCUUUCUAGCUUCUCUAGAAAUCCAAUCAGCCUAUGAUAAUCAUAGACUUCUAAUCUUAAGCACAGGAAGAGACAAGAACUUCAGCCAAAGGUCUUGAGAGCUAACCUCUUUGUUGAGGAUGUCAUCCUGAUGUCUCACUCAACAGAUCUCCCCUAAGAGACAAUUUUGAUCCUUCUGUUCCAGAUAUAAAGAGACUGAGAUGGUCA